AUGGCAGCGGGAAAAUUCGCCUCCAAGCUGCACAACGCCAACAUCCUGAUCCUGGGCGGCACAUCGGGGAUCGGCUUCGGGGUCGCAGAAGCCGCGUAUGAAUCCGGCGCCAUGGUCACCAUCUCCGGGACCAACCAAGCCAAAAUCGACACCAAGACAGCCGAGAUAAAAUCCAACAACUCUGCGGGCGAUGCCUCCAAGCUUCGAGGUUAUCCCUGUGAUCUUGGCGAUCAGGAAAAGAUGGAGGGAAAUCUGAAGGCACUGUUUGAUUUCGCUACGAACAACGGAGAGAGGAAGCUGGAUCACGUUGUUUUCUGUGCCGGGGAUGCGCCGGCGAUUAGAAAGCUGGAGGAGAUGGAUGUGGCGUAUGUGCAGAGGGUUUCGAUGAUAAGAUUUGCGGCGCCGGUGGUGAUUGCCAAACUCAUCACUCUACAUUCUUAUCUCAACUCGUCGCCUUCGUCGUCGAUUACCCUGACGUCUGGUAUCAACACGGCCAAACUGGCUAAAGGCUGGGCGGUGGGAGCUGGGGUGGGCGGGGCAGUUGAGGGUACGGCCCGAGGUCUGGCUGUGGAUCUGGCUCCCAUCAGAGUCAAUUGCGUUGCCCCUGGCGCAGUGCAUACGGAGCUCUUUGACAAGGUGGGAGCAGAAAAUUUGGAGGGGAUGCUGGCUAUGUUCAAGGAUAAGAGUAUGACCAAGACGGUGGGUAAGCCGGAGGAUGUGGCGGAGGCGUAUCUUUAUUGCAUGCGGGAUCGGUUUGUGACGGGGUCGCUGAUUGAAAGUAAUGGUGGUGGGUUGCUGGCUUAG